AUGUUUCGAAGGAUAGCUAAAGUGCCACGUCGAAAGAGUUGGGUCUUGCCUUGCAGACUGAAGACUUCAUCAACUAGCAUGAAGAGAAGGCGAAAGGGAAUGUUGUCGGAAUCAUUCUGGUCGAGGAUAGCAAAAUUUGAUGUGUCACUGACAAGAGAUGACCGUGAUGUCAUCGACAUUGUGGGGGCGGAGACAUUGGAACCGGCAUCGGAUCGAUCAGUAAGCGGGCGACGAUUAAUCAUCUUGGAGAAGCCAUCGAAGAGAGUAUCAGGGACGGAGAUAAUCGCUGAGCCAACCGCUUUGAAGGGAUUCAUUAGAGAAGAUGCGCCUUUCUUUCUCUCCCAUUUUUCCGAUUGA